ACUAAUAUUCAGAAAUAAGAUCAGAUGUGGAAAGAGUGUAAUGUGUUGUUGGCUUAGUCGGACAAUGGUGGUGCGAUUAAAUUUUUGAAGCCCCACCCACUUUUCUCCGGUGUUUAAUGGUUUCGGGUUGAAGAUCCCGAUCCCGAUCCCGUAUGUUCUCCAUUUCCAAGCAACACAACACAACACAAAGCAACACUUCCCUUUCUCUCUUUCUCUCGCAGAUCCCCAAAAAAACCCACACUCACCAUUCAAUCCAUCACAUUAGCGCAACGGAAUCGUCACAAGACUUCAAUUGAAAUCGCAAUCGUAAUGUGAUGGAUUCCCCACCUUCCCAGCAAUCGUGGGGAAGGUCACCCACCUCCCUCUCUUCAUCUGCUUCUCUUUCCAAAUCAAAUUCCGAUUCCAUUCAAAGCCUCUCAUCCAUCCUCAAUAACCCUCACGCCUCUGAUGCCGCAUCCUGGGGCGCCUGGUGGUCCUCCGCCACCGCAGUCGCCCCGCCCGAGUUCGCUCCCAUCGCUGUUGCCAAGGCUGCCUCCGAGGUUUCCCGAUCGGACUUCCACAACUACGUCGUCCCUAUCGCCGAAGCCUACCAUCGCUUCGAGGACAUCCGUAACCACACCUCCAAGGAACAGAUCAACGACCUCGCCAAUGCCGCCGCCGCCUCCGGCCAGGGUGAGGCGCUCGUCGCCUGCCUCCGCGAGGUCCCCUCGCUCUACUUCAAGGAGGACUUCCGCCUCGAAGACGGAGCUACUUUCCGCGCCGCCUGCCCCUUCGCCAACGUUGCCGAGAACCUUGCGCUGCAGGAGAAGCUCUCGCACUACCUCGAUGUUGUGGAGCUCCAUCUCGUGAAGGAGAUCUCGCUCCGCUCGUCUUCGUUCUUCGAGGCGCAGGGGCAGCUGCAGGACCUCGAUGCUAAGAUCCUCCACGGUUGCACGCAAAUUCGCCAUCUCAAGGACACCAUUCGCCUUCUCGACGCCGAUUUGGUCCACGACGCGCGCCAGAUUCAGGAGCUCAAUGGCACCAGGACCAAUCUCUUGGCGCUCCUGCAGAAACUCCGGCUAAUAUUCUACGUCAACCAGGCCCUCUCAGCUCUCAAAUUGCUUGUUGCAUCUGCAGAUUGUGCUGGAGCGCUAGAUGUGACUGAUGAUUUGCAACAUUUACUGGAUGGAGAUGAGCUCAGUGGUCUACAUUGCUUUAGGCAUCUUAGAGAUCAUGUAAUAGGCUUUAUAGAAUCCAUAAACAGGUACACCUUUUAUGAUGUACUACUAAUUGCAUCUGAAAAUUCAGUAAGCAGUGCUUUCUAAUUUCUUGAUUUUAUGGAGCUGAGUAAUAAUUAGAAGAUAAUAGGGUUGAGCUAAUUGCUUAGAUGGGUUGAAACAAUAUUUACCUAUUGAGUCAUAAGAUUUAGACACAAUAAAAAAUGUCUUGAAAUACGUAGAGUUAAUGUGUAAUUGUUGUAUUCAUACACAUAAGUCUGAUAGUAAUAAUUUUAAACCAGGGAUUGAUCACAAAACAUUCUAAUCAUAAUUUUAUGGAACAAAAUUGCAAAGACAUAAAUUGAAUAUUACUAUCCAGUAGCAACUUAACCUAGUUCUAGUUCAAUCUCCAAAGUUUGUACCUUUGUUCUGUCUCCUUAUUCUAUCCAUCUUCACAUUCAAUGGCAAAGGACAUAUAGGAAGAAAUAAAUAAAUAAAAUA